AUGAAAGUAACAAUUGCGCUAAUUUAUUUUAUUGGAAUAAUUUCAAAAUCUUACGCAUUAACAAGUUUACAAGCAAAUGAGGAGAAAUGUAUAGUAAACAAAAAUGGAGAGAAACAAUGUAUUUUUGAGAAAAUUUUGGAGAUUUCACUUAACCCAGAAAACCAACAAACUGAAAUAUUAUUAAGUGAUGACAAAGAUUUACCUAUGGGAGCCCUAACAUUAGAAACAUUCAAAACAAAAGCUAUUUGCGCAAAAUCCAUAAAAUAUUUUUCCAGAACAUACGAUACGGUAAUAGAAUCAGCUAAAAGGUGUCCGGAAACGGGAAGCUGUAUCGAACAAAAAUGCAGCGAAAUAAAAAUGAAUGAAAAAUUGCCCGAAUUUAAUGCGGCAAAUAAAUAUCCUGGUGUGACAAGAUGUAUUGAAAGCUCAAGCGGAUGGUUUGCCGGUUGCUUUUAUACAACGCCUGCUUGUCUUUUCUAUCGAUUUUUCGCAAUGCCCGUUGACAAUAAUAUUUUGGAAAUUUAUGAAUGCCCCAAAUUUGAUUUAUUAUUAAGCUUAAAUGUUAAAAUAAACCAUAAAGGCAAACAAGAAUCUAAAAUAAUUGAUUUAGCACCGGGAAUAACUGUCACAUGGAAGGAACUAGAACUAACUUUAAAAAGUCUAACAACCCCAAUUGUGCCUUCUCUAAAUAAAAAUUUUGUUUCUGAUCGAAAAAAGGCAGCUAUACUAAGCCCUGAAAUAGAAAAUGAAUUAAGUAAAUUUAAAUGUUCUUCUAAAAAGCAAGCAAUCGAAUUUGUAAAUUGUUCAAUGGAUCCCUUAGCUUGUAAUUGCCAUCCCGCAGAUAAUAAUAUAAAUUGUUUAUGUACAGAAUUAUUAAAUGAAAAAAUGAUAUUUAGACCAGAAAACACAUUACCUAUAGAAAAUAGUGGAUUUUUAAUAAAAUUAGAUAGUGGUGAAAUUACAGCGGUUUUAGACUUGACUGCCGCUCAGAUCCAAUUAAAAAUUAAUGGAAUGAAACUUAAAACACAAAUUGAGCUUAAUACUUGUAAAAUUCAGGCCAACGUAAGUGGUUGUUACGACUGUCCCAGGGGCGCACACGUAAUGUUAGAUUGUUAUACGGACUUUGGAUCGGCACUUGCCACAAUCUUCUGCCCCUCAACGAAAAUGGUCGCGAUUUGCUCUUCCAAAAGAGCGGUUCAGACAAAGGUAGUUCAUUUUUCCAAAUCGAUUAUAAACGAAGAUUGUGAGGUUUUUUGCGGUGCAGCCCCAACGCGAUUCAAACUAAGUGGGCUAUUGGAUUAUCCGGAAUCGACUGAAUUUAAAAUACACGCAGAGCAAAUUGGCAACCCCACAAUUAAUUUGAAAAACUGGUUUUCAUCAUUUAAACAAAUUGACUUCAACAACCUGCUUUCUUAUUUAUUCUUUCCCAAAUAUUUCUUGAUAAUACUUUUCAGUCUAAUAAUCUUCUUCCUAACCAUGUAUUGUCUUACCCCGCUUUUAAUUAAAUUUUUUUUCUUUAAACUUCUUCCUAAAUUGUUCUUAAAACCUUUUGCCCCCCGGAGUGUUGGAAAUAAAAUUCAAACAAAAUAUUUAUAA